CCGUCCUUUGCCGCAUAGGGUUUGGUUGCAGGAGGGUUCGAAAUCUCGAGGAGGAGAAGAUGACUACCCGAUUCAAGAAGAACCGCAAGAAGAGAGGCCACGUCAGUGCCGGGCAUGGACGAGUGGGGAAGCACAGGAAGCAUCCCGGAGGAAGAGGUAACGCCGGAGGCAUGCACCACCACCGGAUCCUGUUCGACAAGUACCAUCCUGGGUACUUCGGCAAGGUCGGAAUGAGGUACUUCCACAAGCUCAGAAACAAGUUCUACUGCCCCAUUGUCAACAUCGACAAGCUCUGGUCUAUGGUCCCUCAAGAGAUCAAGGACAAGGCCACCAAGGACAACGUGCCUAUGAUCGAUGUCUCUCAAUUCGGCUAUUUCAAGGUCUUGGGCAAAGGGACCCUCCCAGAGGAUCGGCCCUUCGUCGUUAAGGCCAAGCUCAUUUCCAAGAUUGCAGAGAAGAAGAUCAAGGAGGCUGGUGGUGCUGUCGUUUUGACGGCUUAGGUUGUCGUUUUGAGAGCUAUAAGUCGGCCUUUCCCUUUUUCUUUGAAUGUUUUUAAUUUGCUUUUUUGAGCUUUAAUAUUUUUACAUUGGGUUAGUUUAAAUUUGAUCUUUUUUGUCACAUUUGGACCGGUUAUUGAUAACAUAUUUAAUGGGAAAUGUUAUAGAUUUAAUACUA